CGGGGAGGAGCGGGGCGCUCCGGACGGCGGAACGUGCUUCCAGGGGCUCCCGGACUCCGCGCCUGCUGGCGGCCUCGGGUCCUGGGGUCGCCACUCGUCCAAAGCCGCCUUCCAGAUUCUCCCUGGCUCCCACGGGCUGGUUCCUCGUUCUGGACGCCCCCCCCCACCCCCCACACACACCAGAUGUGUCCCUGGAGUGGCGGGGCGCGUCUUUAGGACCCUGGUGCAGUCUUUCCUGCCCGAUUCUAGCGUGACCAGGAGGGGUUUGAACCGGACUCUGUGUCCUUGGCCCCGGGACUACCCGCUUUUGUGCUGGAGAGAGUCGCCUUGGAGCUGGGGCGGGCAGUUGUGCGCUUCGCCCAGUGCUCCUGGUGCGUUCUGACCUCUGUGUCUGUCCGUCUUUGCCCUGUGUGAGGUCGCUGAUGGGUUUGCUUCGCUCCUGUCUGGAUGUUAAGGGUCUGCAACCCCUGCGUGGGGACUGGGCGCGCGCGCGCGACUCCCUGCUUUUGCAUCCUAAGGUUCUUGGGCCCUUUUGCGCGGCGGCUUCAGAUCCAUUGAAGUUUCACCUGGCGACAAGCACUUGGGCGUUUCCCAGCGGCGCGUCUGGAGUUGCCCGAAACCACCCCGGCCACCUUGCCUUUUCCAGGGUCCGAUAAGACGCAGGGUCCCCAGCAUCCCGAGUCAGGUGCGGGGGUUCUGGGCACGUGUUGGAUUCCGGAGGGAUGUGCCCUCCUUUUGACGGGCAGAAGGUCCCGUUCAUUCAUAGAAACGGCUGGCGAAGAAUCGUGCUUGCAUUGGGACCUUCUAGUUUUCCUUCGCCAGUUGACUGGGACCCUGCUGGUGGCCUGGGCGUUUGAUGUCAGACUCCAGACAGAGACAGGUCUGCUUCUUAAUGUCCUUCAUUUCCUCUGCCCGUUAAAUUUCUUUCGGGAAAUGUUCUGCUAAAUGUCAGUGGACACCUGAUCCCCUGCUGCUCUGGUUUGGAGACCAAAACCUUUUUAUUGUGCUGAGGAGCAGCCUGCAAGUUUUGCUGACACCAUCAAGAAAGGGAAAAAAUGCUGAUUGUUUUAUCCCUCGUGUGAAACUUCAACUUUUCAUCCAUUUCAACUCUCUUCAACCCUCCACAAAGAUGUCUGAACCUGACUCUUCCUCUGUCCUGGGGGGAAAUAUGGAGAACGGAACUUUCCUGGAAUUGUUUCCCACCUCCCUUUCCACCUCUGUAGACCCGUCCUCGGGCCACCUGUCAAAUGUCUAUAUCUAUGUGUCCAUCUUCCUCAGCCUUUUAGCAUUUCUGCUCCUGCUUUUAAUCAUUGCCCUCCAGAGGCUCAAAAACAUCAUAUCCUCCAGCUCCUCCUACCCUGAGUAUCCAAGCGACGCUGGGAGCUCUUUCACCAAUUUGGAAGUCUGUAGUAUUUCCUCACAAAGGUCUACUUUUUCAAACCUUUCAUCAUGAAGAAAAUGGAAGAAUCCUGGAAUCCUGCAGUAACUUAGGUUUUCCCUUAAAGGAAAUGUCAAAAUGUCACAGGAAGCCAUGAAUCGUGAAAGAAAUGACAACUCCCCCUUUCCGCACUCAAACAAUUAGAACUGUUUCUCCUUCACUUCUGAUUUCUUUUUCUAUGCACUGAUGCUUUUUAUUUGUGAAUGUAGAAGCUGAUGUUGACCAGAAAUCAUGCAAACCUCAAGGUAACAGAGUUUACUUGAUAAAUAUGGAGCUAACUUCUUAUGGUAGUUUAGCUCAUCCCACUUUGUUGAACACCUGAGAUAGAACUCAGGUGAGGCAGAACUCACCUGAAGUGGAACUCAUCUGAAGCGAAACUCACAUGAGGUGGAACUUUCCUGAUGCAGUUUCAGAAUAGCUGCUGAGCAGGGACUGUUGCACUUGGUUUCUCCUGUAUCUCAUGGAAACCCACUGAGCCAGCAGAAACAGACUAGAUUAAAUCUGAGCAAUGUAGAAGAUAUUUUCCAUAUUUAAAAGAUAAAGUGAAAACAUCAAAAUUUUUAAGACCAUUUGGAUUUUAUGUCUGACUUCUCAAACUGGAGGCAAAAAUAUGCUAGAUGUUUUAUUUGCGUUCACUUCGAAAAACACGCUUAAUGAUGAAUCAAGUUACAUUUGAGACAGUUUAACUUUCCAUAGCACGACAAGUCUGUACUAUGACGCAGUUUGAGAUGUAUUUCUGCCUCCUGGAUUGGUUUGGGGUUGUUUUCCUGCUUCUGUUGUCCUAAUACCCCAAAGUUGUGAGAUUCUUUGUGACAUUCACUGUCAUUAUUGCAAAGAGAAGUACCAGAAGAGACAAAAUUUUCUUUUACUUUGGCAAGUUACAUCAGCAGUAACUAAGGAUCUGUUUUUAAAAAUGUCCAUUUUAUUGUGUUUUCUGCAGUAAUGAUUCUGAACAGUCGUAUGUGCUCCUUUGUUCAAUUUCAUAGCCUGUCAUUUUAGUGCAGAAUUAUAAUUUGGUUCUGAGAUGUCAGAUGUUUGUUCACUCACUUUAGACUGCAGAAGUUAGACACUAGUGAAUACACAUAUUAUUAUAUACUCCAUAACUGUUACGUGUCCUGACAAUUCUUAAAUAGUAACUUAACACUCUGCCCUAGGGUCCCAGGAAACAGGUUCAUACUAAACCCUGGCGGCACUCAAGUUGUGUAGCUUCUGGGAACACAGUGAUCCAGGAAACGGCUGAACAGUUCAGCCCAGCUCAUCUGAAACCAGGCAUACAUGUGAGCACAAACAUGGAAUGUGGAAGAAACUAAGCUUCCCCUAAGAACAAAACAAAGCAAACAAGCUACAGCUUCUUCAGAGUAAGAAUUUUAAUUUAAUUUUAAAAAUCAAUUGCCCACAGCGUCAACACUGAACUUAGUCUUCAGAACCCACUGCAUCAACAUGUCCCUGGCUUCCCAUGGCAACCAGAUCAUUCUUGUUCAAAACUGUUACUAAUCUAAAGUGGGCACACAUCAGCACAGCCAUUGGUUUCAUGGUGCUGCAGUGCUGUCCAGUAACUGGAAUGGGAACCAAAUUGACUGUUCCGACACCACUUCUUCAUCUCCGAGGGAGAUGACAACUGGGAAUGAGUAUUGGAAUAAGGGUUUGUGUUUUGGGUUUUUUUUCCCCAAUCCAUAAGCACUACUUAAAUCCGACCACAUUGAGCUAUUGAAUAGCAAAAUUUUCUGCCCCCAAAGGCCAAAAUCCCUGCACAGAUUUGUUGUUAACAAAUGUACAGUUUGUGAAACUUUCACCUCUGCCACCAUUUAAAGCAUGACAGUAUGUUGGGAAGUUAUUAUGUAGUAUAAAUGUUGGUCUAGAAAUAAUAACCUGCUAUUUCAGAUCAUCAUCAUCAUUCUGUGCAUAUUGUGUAUGUAUACAUUCACUUUCUCAGAGUAUCUAUAUGUGUAUGUAUAUACUCUUCCCAAUUAAAAGCUGUGUGAAGCUACUAUGAUUAUGGCAACAUCUAUAUAUAAUAUACAUAACCAUUUUUGCUCUCUGAUUAUCUUGUACUAUUUUGAUUACUGGGAAUAAAAAGAGACAUGGA